AUUAGGACUUUUGGAGAACUAAAUGCAUCUGGAGGACAGUAGCUUGCAUAUUUGGAAAAACCUCAAAACUGUAAGAGUUACUUGCAUAGCAGAAGCAAAUUCCUGAGGGAGGUGGUGAACUCCUCUUUUUGGAGAUGCUCAGGAUUGCUUCAUCAUGAUCAUGACUGAACGUGUUGAUUCUCUGGUUGCUAUUUCCAGCCAGGACCUCUGGACCAAAAUCUGUUCAUCUCUGCCACAUCCAGACCAGAACGAAGAGUCCAGUAAUUCAUUUGCAGAUUCCUUUGCAGAUUCUUAUGUUCAUGUGAUGGAGAAUCAGAUGGAAGUAACAGACCCCUCUCUGCAAGUGAAUGAGAAGCCCUGGAUACCACUGAAAGAUUCAGAGCUCUAUUUGGCAUCUUUAGAGAGAAGAUUAAUGAGAAUAAAGGGUUUAUCUCAGGAAGUGACAUCCAAAGAUAUGCUGCAUACGCUUUCUCAGGCUAAGAAAGAAAGUUGGGACAGGUUUCUGCAGGAGAAGUCUGAAUCUGACUUUUAUAUGGAGGGAACUGAUUCUGAUGAGAGUGCUUUGGAAUACUUGAAACGCUGGCUACAACCCGAGAAAGUGGCAGUCAGCCGUGAGGAGAUACAAUAUCUGAUCCCCCUUGGAGCUCCUCCUGAGAAGCAAGAGGCUGAGGAAGAUGAAGAAUCGAUGCCUGUAGAACAGUGAAUGCAUUUGGACCUUGCCUCCAGUCCAGGUGUCUGUUGGCAGUUUGGGUUAGAAUACCAAAAGAACUGCUCUGACGGGGUUUGGUUGAGGUAGACCUUGUGCAGUUCUCCCUCCACCAAAAUUUGUAAUGUACAGAUUCUGGUUUGAAGUCAUACAAUGUUGCAGAUUUAAAGUUAAUUGCAUGUGUUCUGUUAAGAUAACUAAACAGAAAUGCAGUAGGUAAGCUUAAUUUGGAAGACUGUUUUAAAUCCUCUUCCCUGAAAUGCCAAGAAGACUUGCACUUAAAUGAUCAUCUAUGAAAAAAUGCUUAGCAAUACUUUCCUUGCAGAAUAUAAUUUCCUCAUUCACAGCUUCCCUAAUAUAGCCACAUGUCUCUUUUUCCCAACUUGAAAAAAAGCCCUCUGAAGACCUGUACCUUGCUCCCUGGGAAGUGAAAAAUGUCUGUCCUUUACAACCAUCGUUUCUGGCUCAAGCCAAGCCAAGCCAAGCCAAGCCAAGCCAAGCCAAGCAUUAGACGGGGAAAGCAGUUCCUAGCAAAAACACAAAAAGUGCUGUGUGUGUGAAAUGUGUCUUUUCCACCCUUUCUGCAGAGGCUGUGACUCAGAAAUUGUACUGCUGCUUUGUGCAGUCUUUUUCUAUUGUGGUUACUACUUUUUUCACCAUUCAUGUUACCAUCUUUUCAAAUAAUUUUUUCUGUUUGGUCCAAUAGAUACCUAUCCACGUUUUCUCCCUCCCUCUUUAUUUCCCUUGCUGCAAAAAGUAAAAGACAAUGUGCAAUGAAACAUUUGUGGAACAAAGACUGCAGCAGUCAGUUGAAUGAGGAAGACAAAGUAUGAUAUAAGAGCAGAACAGAAAUAGUUGGGUGAGUUUUAGUAGUAUUCCUCCCGACAUGCCCCCAUUUCAUUUUUUUGGUGGAGGGGGGCACUGGUGCAUGCAGAAGGCAUGAAAAAUUUAAUUCUCCAGUUACAUGCCAUAGCGUAGCUUUGGUCCUUCCACCUCCCCCAUUUUAUCACCAAGCCAUUAGCGUUUCUCCCUCCAAUACCUCUUAACAUCUGUUUGCAGUCUCUAUUAUACAGUAUGCUGCUUUUUUUAAAUUUGUCUUUUUUGUUUUUCCUUUCUAUUUCCAAGUAAAUUAUCAUGAACAGCUGUUUAAGGAACUAAUUGAAGACAAGUGUGCCUUCUGAAUCUCAGUGUUUACAAUUGGCAAUGUUAUGUAGUCAAAUCUGAGAGGCUACAUGCUACUUUCAUUGGUCUAAGAAAGCAGAAAAACAACUCAGUUUUUAAAAGAAUGCAAAAAUUAGUUGUGUUGGUUCAGCAGUAAGACUGCGCAUAAUUAUAUUGGGGGAAGGGGGUGAAAUGCUAUGAUACCCCCACUUUUUUACUUUUUGUUUUUUAGUGCUGAACUUCAAGCCUGGAGAAUAGUUGGAGCACCCCAGUUAAAGAAUACAAGUUGGCAGUUCUGAUGUCUUCUUUAAAUGUGUAUCAUUGUUAUUUCUUCUCCAAUUGCUGAGAUAUCUAGUUUUUCUAAAGGGAUCAGGAAAUAAGAGUCCAAC